AUGCCCCCUUGCCCCCCCCCGGCCCCCCCCGUGCCCCCCAGCCCCCCCCCCGAGGAGGGCCCCGUGGCCGUUCUGGUGCGCGUGCGGCCCCCCAACCCCUGCGAGCGGGGCGGGCCGGGCCCCCCCCUGCUGCACCUCCUGGACCAGCACGUCCUUGUCUUCAACCCCGAGGAGCCCGGCGGCCCCCCCGGCAGCCUGCGGCCCCCCCGCGGGCCCCAGCCCCGGGGCAAGGCCAUGAAGUUUGUUUUCGACCGGGUGUUCGGGGAGGGGGCCACGCAGGAGGAGGUGUUCCAGCACAGCACCCGCGGGCUCCUGGACAGUGUCCUCGGGGGCUACAACUGCUCCGUGUUUGCCUACGGCGCCACAGGAGCAGGGAAGACCUACACCAUGCUGGGCUCGGAGCAGAGCCCCGGCAUCAUGUACCUCAGCAUGGUGGAGCUCUACAAGCGGCUGGAGGCCAGGAAGGGGGAGAAGAGCUGCCAGGUCCUGGUCUCCUACCAGGAGGUCUACAACGAAGAGAUCCAUGACCUGCUGGAGCCCAAGGGCCCUCUGGCCAUCCGGGAGGACCCUGAGAAAGGAGUGGUGGUUCAGGGUCUCUCCCUGCACCAGCCCAGCUCGGCAGAGCAGCUGCUGGAGAUGUUGGCCAGCGGCAACAAGAACCGGACGCAGCAUCCCACCGAUGCCAACGCCACCUCCUCCCGCUCCCACGCCAUCUUCCAGGUCUACGUGAAGCAGCAGGACCUUGCUGGUGGCCUGGCUCAGGAUCUGCAAGUGGGCAAGCUGAGCUUGGUGGACCUGGCAGGCUCGGAGCGAGCUGCGGUGGCCAACACCAAGGGGGAGCGGCUGCGGGAGGGGGCCAACAUCAACCGCUCCCUGCUGGCCCUCAUCAAUGUCAUCAACGCCCUGGCUGAUGCCAAGAGCAAGAAGACCCACAUCCCGUACCGGGACAGCAAGCUGACCCGCCUGCUGAAGGAUUCCAUCGGCGGCAACUGCCGCACCGUCGUGAUCGCCGCCGUCAGCCCCUCGGGGCUGGCCCACCACGACACCUACAACACCCUCAAGUACGCCAGCCGGGCCAAGGAGAUCAAGCAGUCGCUGAAGAGCAAGGAGCUCAGCUCCGACUGCCCCCGCUGCCAACACGCUGUGUGCUGCCAGCAGCUGCAGGCAGAGGUGGCCGAGCUGCGGGCCAAGCUCCGCGCCCACCAGGAGGCAGAGAAGCGGGCGCCGGCGCUGCCACCUGCCCUCACCUGCAGCCCGGGGGGGCUGCCCAGGUUGGAGGCCCCUGUCCCCAGGCCCUGCUCCUCAGGCCUGGCUGAUGCCAGGGAGGGUGAUGGAGAGCAGCUGGAGGCUGGGUGGCCUGUUGGUCCUCAGCUGGGAGCAGAGGAGCAGCCACAGCACCCGAGCCACCUGCUCCAGGGCUUGUCCUGCUGCCAGAUGGAGACGCUGCUGGGCGCCCUCCUGAGCGUGGUCCAGAAGCAGAGCUCCCUGCUGAGGGCUGCCAACCUGCUCAGCCCUGCCAUGGCCUGCCAGGUGGAGCAGCUGGAGCGCCGGGUCCGUCAGGAGGCUGCUGGGAGGCUGGAGCCAACGGGGGUGUCUGCCAGCCCCCCGGGCGGGGUGUCUGCCAGCGUCCCCGUGGGGCCGAGCGGGGCCAGCCCAGGGCGGAGGAUGCAGCCGGGCUGCGAGGGUGAGGGCUGGGGACAGCGGGUGCUGUCCCCUCCGCUGGGUCUGGGGGUGCGGGAGGAGCUGGGGGUGGGGGCAGAGCUGAGGUUCUCCCGAGGAGCCCCCAGGAGGGGGGAUUGGGGCCGGGGCACGGCAGGAGCCCCCAGCAGCCCCUGGCAGGGGGAGCGGCCCUGCCCGCUCCCCGAGCCCCGGGGGUCCCCGGCCCCGGCGGCCGCCCAGCCCGGCUGCACCGCCCCGGACCUGCCCCCCCGCGCCCUGCCCCGCAGCCCCGCGAGCUGCCGGGGGGACGGUUCCCCCCCGCCCGCUGCCCCCUGCCCGCCCCCAGGGCCGGGCUGGGAGAAGAGCCGGAGCCUCCCGGACGAGCAGGACAGCCCCGUCCUGCCCAGCUCCUGGAUCCCGCUGGCUGCCAGGGGGGGCGAUUCCUCCAUCCCCAAGCCCACCCCCAGCUCCAGGGUGCCGGUGCUGAAGCGGAGGCGGGUGCAGAGGUGA